AUGCAGCCUCUGGCUGUGCCAUGGAACUCCCUGAAGCUGGGUGUUGCAGGUCCUCAAGCGAUGCUGCGAAUGGCCCCGCCGCUACUCGUUUCCCGACCUCUGCUGCCUGGCAUCCUGGCCCUCAGCAUUCCGAGGUCUACGAGCGUGCACCAUAAAGCGGCCUCAAACAUAACUGAAUACCAGGCCAACCGACUGUACGCCGGGAAACAAUGGACGGCUCCGGAAAUCCUGCGGGAGAAUUUCCCGCCGCCGCGCGGUACACAAAGGGGCGAUGUGUACAGUUUCGCUAUCAUCUUGUAUGAACUAGUCUUUCGCUGUCCGCCGUACAACUUUGACGAAAUCACGCCCAGGGACGCCAUCAGUAGGAUUCGUAACGGAGAGGCGAAGCCGUUCCGUCCGACGCUCACCGACAUGACGCUAGCAGACGAACUGAAUCACCGCAUCCUGAGUCUGCUGCGAACCUGCUGGGACGAGAUACCGGACGGACGUCCCACGUUCACGCAGAUACGCAAGGAGCUGCGUCACAUGGCCGGCGACACGCUAGUGAUCAUCAUAGCAGUUGUCGCAUCUUCAGUGUUUAUCGCCGCCUGUAUCAUAUUCGGUAUCUAUAUGUACAGGCGAUCAAAGUUUGAAGCCUCGCUACUGUUGAUGGCAUGGCGACUAUCGUGGGACGACAUCGAGAUGGUGGACAAACCGAAGAAAGGGUUCAUGUCCGCCGGCUCUGGUAGUGAAGGCAGCAUAUCGAGUGACUCCCGCACGCGAUCGCGGUCGCUCAAGGAGGCCACCUCAGAGCCCUCUAUCGGCAAGGCGUCGUCGAGCGGCUACGCUAGCUGCUCGCGGUCGGGAAAGAAGAGCGGCCUGGGCGACAUGCGAGGUCAGCAGAUCUUCACGACGGUGGGGAUCGAGCGAGGCCGCAUGGUUGCCGUGAAACAUAUCAACAAACAACACAUGAACGUCACCCGCCAGGUGAUGCUGGAGUUCAAUGACAUGAAGGAUGUGAUCCACGAUAACCUGAACAAAUUCAUCGGCGCCGUCGUUGAUCCGCCUAACAUCUGUCUGGUCUGGGAAUAUUGUCGCAAAGGCAGCCUCGUGUCGGUGGUAGCUGACUCGCUGAAGAUUGGGAAGCCAGUUGCGCCGGAGCAGUACGAUUCCGUCUCCAUCUACUUCAGCGACAUAGUGGGCUUCACGACCAUCGCGUCUGACUCAUCUCCUCUGCAGAUUGUCGACUUUCUCAAUGACCUGUACUCGGUCUUCGACGACAUCAUAUCACAGCAUGACGUCUACAAAGUGGAGACUAUAGGCGACGCUUACAUGGUAGUCUCCGGCCUGCCGCAGCGCAACGGCAAGGUGCACCUGAGAGAGAUCGCCAACUGUUCGCUGGACCUUCUCAGCUCGGUGACCAACUUCAAGAUACGACAUCGCCCGCAGCAGCAGCUGCUGCUCAGAAUCGGUCUACACGCGGGCUCCUGUGUCGCCGGUGUCGUGGGUCUGACGAUGCCUCGCUACUGCUUGUUUGGCUCUAGCGUAAAUCACACAGUGCUGAUGGAGUCCUCUGGCAAACGUACGUAUCGCUAG